AAAAAGCAAUUUACAGUAUUAAUUUUAAAAAGAAAAGCAAAUUGGCGCCGGAGAAGCUGUAGGCCGCUGCUCCGAUGGCCGUGGCCAAUUCCAUUGACUGGUCACUCGGCGCCACCAUCACCAGAAAAUCCAUCCAAUUUUCACCCCACUCCACCACCAAAACCAAAAUCGGCUUCCGUUUCAUCUCCAUCCUCUUCCUGAAUCCGAAUUCAAAAUCUUCAAGACCAGCAAAAACAGAUUCAUCGGCGGUUCUGGAAGAUGACGCGGUGGUCGGCGACGCUCCGGUGAUCGAGCUCGCGCUGAAGCUCGAAGAGUUCCAGCAUCUCCCCGAAAACGACGCCGACUGCAAGGAACUCAAUUCCAUAAUCUGCAGCUUGUUCAAGGAUCCCCAAACCGAGCAUCUCGCCUACGACUACUACCGCAAGGCGAAGACGAAGCCGGGCUUCAAACCGUUGAAAUACACGAUGAAGCUCGCCGUCAGGUACUUGAUUCGUACCAAAAAUUGGACUCUGUUGCUCUCCUUCUGUCAAGAUCUCAGAGAAUUCAAAGUUUUGCCUGAUAAAUCCUCCACCUCUAGAUUGAUUACGGCUUGCGUCAAAGCUAGGAAAUUUAAAAUUCUUAAUCAUCUCCUCCAGCUCUUCGUGGAUAGUAAUGCAGAGACGGCCGUGUUAGCCUUCGAUUCCGCCAUGAAAGGCUACAAUCAGCUGCAUAUGUACAGCAGCACCGUUGCUCUGUAUCAGACCAUGAAAUCCGCCGCUCUCAAUCUCGAUGCCGCGUGUUACUGUCGAUUGAUGGAGGCCUACUUGAAAUUGGGGAAUUACGAGAAAUCAGUAGCGAUCUUCCAGGAGUUGGAGGAGAUGAAAUUGAACGUGACCGAGUCGUCUUUGUUAAAUUACUCUCGAAUUUAUUGCAUUCUCUGCGAGUCGUUAGGGAAAUUGGGGAAGCCAUUUGAAGCACUGGAGUUUUUCAGAGAGAUGGGGAUGAAGGGAAUCCAAGAAGAUCACUCUCAUUACUCCACAUUGAUCAGCUCCUUUGCUAAUGCUGGUGAAGUAGAAAUGGUGGAGGAGCUGAUUCAGGAGGCGGAGAGUAAGAAUAUGCUGAGAGAUCCAGCUCUCUUCUUGAAGCUAGUUUUGAGGUAUGUCCAAGAAGGGAUGGUGGAGAAGACACUAGACGUCGUUGCAAUCAUGAAACGUGUAAACGUAAGAGUCUCGGACUGCAUCUUCUGCGCGAUUGUGAACGGAUACGUUAAGAACAGAGGAGGCCGAGCUGCAGUCCAAGUGUACGAGGAUCUCGUCGAGCAAGGGCUAGAGCCAGGGCAAGUGACCUACGCCUCUGCCCUAUCAUCCUACGUUCGUCUCGGGCUGUAUCCCAAGGCUGAGAUGGUGUUUGCAGAGAUGGAGAAGAAAGGGUUCGACAAAUGCGUGGUGGCCUACUCCAGCAUGGUGGCGGCCUACGCCAAGAUGGGGCGAACGCGUGAUGCCACGAGGCUGGUGGCGAAGAUGAAGGAGAGGGGGUGUGAGCCCAAUGUGUGGACUUACAACUCUCUCCUGGACAUGCAUGGGAAGAACUUGGAGUUGAAGAUGGUGGACAAGAUAUGGAAGGAGAUGAAGAGGAGGAAGAUUGAGCCUGAUCGCGUUAGCUACACGACGGUGAUCAGCGCGUACCACAAGGCUAGGGAGCUGGAGAUGUGCAUCAAGUAUUAUGAGGAGUUCAAGGUGAGUGGGGGGGAGAUUGACCGGGCCAUGGCCGGAAUCAUGGUCUCGGUGCUGUCCAAGACCAACCGCGUCGACCAGCUGGUUGAGCUGCUGCAAUUGAUCAAGGCUCAGAAGACUAAAUUGGAUGCUAGAUUUUUAAAAUCGGCUAUGAACGCGCUCACAGAGGCAGGGCUUCAAGUUCAAGCAAGAUGGCUCCAACAAAACUUUGAUUAUUCUUGAUUUGUUGUGUGUUAGUCCUUUGCACAGAUAAUAUAACAUGGUUGGAUUCAAAUAAUUGGCUUUGGAGAUUUCAUGCUUUCA